AUGAUUAAGAUUGGGGAUAACGCAUACGAUGUCGAUCUUUCGCGCGAUCCCCAGGCGCGCACGGGUCAUGGUGUGGCAAGUCCGGUCAAGGUCGGCCAGAACGAUGACCCACUCGCACGGCAGAUGGCAGAGCUGCAGAAAGCCGCGCCCGCUCGAGGUACCAGCGUCAGGCGCAGUGGGCAAUGGUCUUUGCAAGGACAGUCAUCGCAGGGACCAAUGUCUCAGUCGUCCCCCACUAGCGCUUCGCCGACUAAGCGCGACUCUGCUGCAAAACUCUCACCGCCUCCUAGUGGCUCGCAAGACGGUAAUCGUCGGUCGUCCCUUGAUUAUCGUCGCUCGGCACAGAUGGUCGUCGGUGCAUACCCUCAGAUACCCACGUCACGUCCUGCAUCGCCUAAUCCUCCUGUCGCGGCGCAUAUGCAACCACCGUCCCACAACUCGACUGGCCCUAUGGGAAAUUUCCCCGUGCAGGAUGUACUAGCGGAUUACCAGCAGUCGUUCCCUGGUGAGCGUAAGUCGGUCAGUAGACCGACCAGUAGAGCUGGGAGCACCGGUGGAAUGCCUGGCCAGUCACUCCAGAGCCAAAGUCAAAUACAGCGCGAGCGUCCCCUAAGCAUUGGUGGGCAAGCAGGCAUUGGGGCUCAGGGCCGGAGCACUAGCCCUCAGCCGUUUGCCCCUCUUUCACGCAGCACAAGCCCGGCUGCACCUCCAUCGCAAGGCGGCGCGCAAGUUGCCCACAGAAACAGCUAUCAGAGGGUUCCGCCCCCAUCGGUGAACGGUACAGGUCCGGGGCACGCCCAUGCACCGUCUCAAAGUUCCAUCCGACAAAACUCGAUAUCGGUGCCACAGCAUCCAGCCCAGCAGCAACGUGCAGCGAGCCCGAACAGUGUUGGCAUCGCACUUGACCCCAGUGGACGUGUCGCGAUAGACUCUAUGGCCGAUAUAUAUGCACAUAGACAACACCAGCCCCAAUACAGUCAACCACCUCAUCAGAACCCCCCGCCUCCGCAGCAGCAGCCUCAGCAGGAAAUUCAGCGUCGGCCGACAUACACUGUCGCUACGAGUGGAUAUGCGCCGCCUCCACCGGGACAACCUCACGCGCAGUAUAAUAACCCAUCCAACGCUAUUGCUGCUCCGAGCUAUGGACAUCCGUAUGGCGCCCCGGCAGCCCCGCCGCCGCCGAAUCAGUCUAUGUACGGCCCACCUGUUCAAUAUCAGCAACAACAGCAACAACAGCAGCAGCAACAGCAGCCUCAAGCGCCUGUUUACCAACCCCAACCUCACGGCUAUUCACAGCAAGGGCAAGUCGUGCAGGAUUUGCAGAGAGGUGCCUCAGUGAACGGGUACUACGGUCCCCAGGGCGGUUAUGCACCUCAUGCGCAGCAAGGACAGCUGUCGUAUCGUGCACCAAGUCCCGUACGCCAGCCGUCACCACAGCCGCCUGCUGCCCAUGGGCAGCCACCGACUGGUGCGUUCACGGAUGAUGGGCGUGGGAUCCUAUUUUAUGUCAAAGCGCUGUAUGACUAUCAAGCUACCAUUGAAGAGGAGUUUGACUUCCAGUCGGGUGAUAUCAUCGCUGUCACCGCGACGCCAGAAGACGGCUGGUGGUCCGGAGAACUGUUGGACGAAGCCCGGAGGCAGCCUGGGCGCCACGUUUUCCCAAGCAACUUUGUUUGUCUGUUCUGA